GUGGACCCGCAACCAACCGGGAAAUGCCCGCGUCUUCCAGAUUCCACACUUCCGCCGCGUGCUCCCUCGCCUCCGCCUCCUCCCGUUCCCCUCCUCCUCGCCGCCGCCAGGCCGCCUCCCUCAUGGGGCAGUCGCCGAGCGUGCCCCCGGGGUGCAGCCGCAGCCGGAGCAGCUCGCGGUGGCAGCAGCCCGGACUCGGGCUCGACCUUGGGUUCCUGUUCGGCCGCAAGCCGCGGCCUGGGGACGAGAGGCUGGACCUCGCGAACUGGAUGAGGUGCUUCCUGUCGCAGCAUCUGCCGCCUCCGUCCGCGGAAGCUGAGGCGGAGGCCGAGGGGAAGGCCGCUGGGAGCUGCGAGGAAGAGGAGGUCGGUGGCGAAGAGGCAGACCACCUCGUCGUCAUGGUAAACGGGCUGUACGGGAGUUCGGCAGACUGGAAGUUUGCAGCGGAGCAGUUCGCGAAGAGGUUGCCGGGGAAAGUCUUUGUGCAUCGUAGUCAGAGCAAUCAUUCAAAAUUAACAUAUGACGGAAUUGAUUUGAUGGGUGAAAGGCUAGCUGAGGAGGUUCGACAAGUUGUUCAGAGAAGAAGAAACUUGAGGAAGAUAUCUUUUGUUGCUCAUUCGCUUGGUGGUUUAGUAACAAGAUAUGCAAUUGGAAAACUUUAUGAACCCACCAUCAAUGAAACCUCUUCUCUUGAUGCUGAUAAGCUUACUGAUGAACAAAAAAUACCUGGUGCUGGUAAAAUAGCUGGUUUAGAACCAAUCAAUUUUAUCACAUCUGCUACACCACACUUGGGCUCAAGAUGGAAUAAACAACUUCCCUAUCUUUUCGGCGUCCCACUUUUAGAGAGAAUUGCUGCCGGUACUGCACAUUUUAUAGUUGGGAGAACUGGUAAACAUUUAUUCCUUACUGAUAGGGAUGAUGGGAAGCCUCCACUUCUAGUUCGGAUGGUUGAAGACUGUGAUGACGGGAAAUUCAUGUCUGCUUUGCGCUCUUUUAAGCGUCGGGUUGCCUAUGCUAAUGUAACAUAUGAUCAUAUAGUUGGUUGGAGAACAUCGUCAAUUCGGCGUCAGCAUGAAUUGCCAAAACUUAAGUUAUCAGCAAACGAUGAAAAGUAUCCUCAUGUUAUUAAUGUCGACAAAGGAAAUUCAGAGGAUUGUCAACAAGAGGAGUCCGUAGAAGCUUCGCUGGCAGAUAGCUUAGAAGAGAGGAUGAUCCGAGGCCUUACACAAGUGAGCUGGGAACGUGUGGAUGUAUGCUUUCAUAAGAGCUGGCUAAGAUACAACGCCCAUCAUAACAUCCAGGUUAGGAUUCAUCCAGUUAAUUCGGAUGGAGAAGAUGUCAUAUACCAUACGGUAGACAAUUUUCUAGUCUAGAUGGCUAAGACUAGCUUCCUCGAUAGCUCUUUCUGAUGAGUUCUUCAUGAGAGGGUCCGGUGAGUAACUCAAAUCUUGAUAGUUGAUUGAUAUCAGUGGAUCAACAUGUACUCAGGCAUACUGUCAGGUGAUUAGAGUGUGUGACCUGAUUUAUUGCUGACUGCGGACAAUGUAUAAAGUUUUAGUAAUGUAAAUGUUAGCUUUAUAUAUCAAAAUUCCUGUAAAUAUGCAUUCUAAAAGGUUGGUCAAAAUUUGGAGGUUGUAA